AUGCACUUCUUUCGCUUCAUUGCCCCCGGGCUCCUGGGCACCAUCGGCGCUCUUGGAGCCAACGAAGUCACCGCUACAGUCAACGCGACUGAGAUUCAGAACGCUGCAGACGAGCUCCUCUCCAUGUUCCCAAGUGCCACCCCUUACACAGUGAACUACACAGCACCCGGUGGCAAUCUGCUGCAACCCCCAUCGUCGCUCAUCAAGGAAAUCAUCACCGCCGUCCCUCCCACCGUGCUCGCGCAGCUUCUGGUACCGACCGGCCGCAGCUCCAUCGCGUCCGAGUUCCAAGCCGGCAACACCCCGAGCUGGUAUGAGGACCUUCCAACAGAUGUCAAAAGCUACGUUCUUGCAAUGAAGUCCCAGGUUGAUGAGGGCGACGUCGAUCUUAACGCCACUCGGACGCCUGCGCCGACGUCUACCUCUGAGGGUGGAGACAGUGCAGAGAAUGAUAGUCCAGCUUCGGAGACGUCCAGCGGCUUUGCCUCGCAUGCUACUGGUGAGGUUGCUGUCGGUUUGCUCGGUGCGCUGGGGGUACUUGGUUUGGCUGUGGUGCUUUAG